AUGACAUUUAAUGUUGUGAGGCAGGUUCGUGGUGAGGACCCAGAUGCAGACACAGAGACUGAGAUCAACUUAAAGAGACUUUUAAUGUCCAAAAAAGGGGAGAUAGUGCAAACAGAGGAAGUCCGAAGGGCUGGUUGGCUGGCUGUCGUGUGGGCUGGAGACACUGCAGGAAAAAACCAGAGGAGACAGGAGUUAAUAAACAUGAAAAUAGUCACUGGGAGCAAAGUUCUGAAGAUUAUACCACGAGGAAGGCCAGGAGACACGUCUGUACCGCUAGGAAGGGUAGACAAUACUCAGGCGCUGAGACUGAGGGCUGCAGGCUUCUUAAAGUCCCUUAAUUGGAGAUGA